ACUCUGGGAGAAAAACAUCUGGUUGUUUUGCUCUCAGAGAAGAAGAAGACACAUCUGGACAGAUUGAUCUGUUGUUGUUGUUGUUUCUGAAGUUUAACAAAGUUUCUCUCAGUGAUCCAACAACUAACCUUUAUAACUCAACAUGAGUCACGUCGACGUGAACAACCUGAAGCCUUCCAGCUUUGAAGACGAGUACUACGACAAAUAUGAAUAUUAUAACUUAACCGACAAAUACACAGAAGGCUCAGCUCGUAAAGGCAGAACAAAGAAGGAGGCCAGUGAUAACACCAACAGACACAAUCCGUCCGGACACGAGCGCAAAAUAGUGGAGAAGCUCCAGAACACGGAGAAGAAAGCCAAGGAGUGAAUACUGAGGGCGACUCGGACGGCUCAUCCCGGAAACCGACCACGGCCUCCUUGGCGACAGAACGAGACGUAGAAACGGCAGGAGCGUCCCGAAGCUCCGACGGGCGAAGGUUUAACCUGGGCGUGAAGAGGAGCCAGAUCCAGAUGUUCCAGUGAGGAGAUCUCCAUCGUGGCAGCAGACCGCGGCUCCUCCGCCUGUAGGUUGUUGUAAAGCACUCACCUGUAGGCGUGUACCUGCACGGCUGCCUGGUCAGACCGUGACGGUGCACAUGUGAUUGAGGUGACAUGUGGUGUCAGUUGGGUGAUUUCGGUGUGUUGACAAGUUUUCAAUGGAUUUUUAAAAAAGUUUUUUUACUAUUAAAAUGAUUCUGACGUGA